AACAAAGUGUAGAUCUCGCAAUUCUCCCGUGAGAUUUGACAACACACGUGGUUCCAAAUAGCUUCGAAGAUCCAUUAAAACGUUUAUCAACGACAAUAAUUAACUCCGCAAAUAAACAAAAAGGGAAAGUCUAAUUGCAGUUUUCGUUUGUUACGUACAUGUAAAUAUAAAUUGUAAUGCAAUAAUUUUAAAGAAAGGGAAAUACGUGUGUGUGUGUGAAAUAUUACGUCAAUAUGUAAUCACAACACAACAUUCAGCGCCUAGGCAACUUAGAAUCCUCAGUCAAACCCACCACCCAACUGUUUAACUGUGUUUUUAAGAAAAACUUGAAAUAAUUUGUUGCGUCUUGCUUUUUGGUGAAACAAAAUUCACACAAACAGCUGACUUUGAAGUUCCAAAGAAAAUAAAUAAUAAGCGAAUCAUAGAUUACUACAUGCGAAACUCUCUUUCUCCUGAGAACAGCGAACGUAAAUUCAUACAGAAGUUAUCUAUGAAGUGAAUAGCAAAGAGAAAACGAAAGCUGUCCGCACCGCACUGUCAAAACCGUAUUGAUUGCCCGUUGAAUUUAUUUCUAAAGUCCCUGACUAGAAGCGUUGGAAUCUUUUGAGAGUAAUUAAUUUAUACUUCACAAUAAUGAAACGUUUACACGACACAGAGGCUUCAACGACAGACACCGAAUUACUAGCGAGCCAUGUUGCUGAUAAAGAGAAGCGCGCGAAGAAAGAUGACUCUGGCCCUUCGGAUGAAGAUGCUGAUAGUGAAGAUGACAAGGCCAUCAAUAGCGAUAGUGAUAUUGAAGCAUUGAGCAGCAGCUACCUCACACCGCGUCUUGGCAAAUGCGAAGUUUGUGCCGCUGAUAAUGCACGCUAUUGUUGUCCUAAAUGCGAAGUGAAGACAUGUUGCCUGCGUUGCGUGCAAAUACACAAAAAGGAGCUCGACUGCGAUGGAAUACGUGAUCGUACCAAAUUCAUUCCUCUGCGAAAAAUGACUAAAAUGGAUUUCAUGAACGAUUAUUACUUUUUGGAGGAGUGUACGCGCUAUGUGGAUGCUCGCAAAAAGGAUACAAUUAAACGGUUUACACGUUACAAUAAAACGUUGCCAAUACAUUUGUUUCGCUUGCGAGGCGCCGCCGCUGAACGACACACUGUGCUCCGCUUCUUGUUGCCGAAUUUCUCGCGCCACAAAACUAAUACGACAUUCUACGAUUGGAAUUCCCGUAAAAUUUACUGGCGCAUAGAAUGGAUUUUCGUCAAUGCAGGAGCGCUACAGUAUGUAGAUGAACGUUGCGCUGAGGAUUUGACAUUGGCACAAUUGUUGGAUAAAUAUAUGAACAUAGAAAAUGCAGAAGCCGUGCCGCAAAAAAAAGCAUUGUCAUACUAUCAAAGUGCUGGAAUCUAUAGGUUGAAGCUUUUGCUAAAAGCGGAAGGCAUUAAAUGCUCACGCACACGUUAUUAUGCUUUGGAUGUGCGUAAGACACUGAGGGAGAAUUUGGCAGGCAAAACUCUUGUAGAAUUCCCCUGCAUCUACGUAAGCUAUGAGCAAAGUCCAGCUGGUUGUGAUAUAAUUGAUAGUGAUGAAGACGUUGAAGCCGAAACCAAGUGCCAUGAAGCUGCGAUAGAAGCGUUACACAAACGACGUUUGAGUGAGAAUUCCGCAAACGGCCAAAAUACUGACGUGGCCUCUGAUGAGGUGCAAGCGGCGGAUGCCAAAAAAUUAGCUAAUGUUUUAGCGGAAAAGCGGCGUGAAGCACGUGCGCAAAAGCGCGAGGAGUUCGAGAAAGCACCAAGUAAUUUUCUAUUUACCGACGAACAGUUGUGGGAAAUGCUAUCGUCAUCUUCUUCCGGUGACGAAACAGAGGAGGAAACGUGUAAAAGUUAGUCACAAAUAUAAAUAUGUAAGUGGAAUUUAUAUGCGUGCAGAUGUAAUUUUUUUAUAUGUUGUUGAAAUGUUUUUUUAAAGCAUAAAGUAAGAUUUUUUUUUUUUAAAUACAUACUUUUUAUUAUAUUGCCUAGAAAAAAUCAAAAAAUAAAAAAAUAAACAUUUUGUCAUUCACUUGUCACUAAAAAUAUAAUAUAUCGCCAUACAAACGGUUAGUUAGCUUUUCUCAUAUUACUUUUCUUUUUAAUAAACAUUUAACAAUUAUUACAAAACCCAAAAGUAUAAAACAAAUACUACUAUAGCAAUACCGGCCGCGCCAAGUUUCAAAUACAUCGAUUUUCGAUUUAAAUAUGUCGCAUCCUUUUUGUAUUUUUGGGACAUCAUCGAUAGAUUUUGUGUUUUAGUGUCCAAUUCUGCACAAAAAAGAAUUGAAAUGUAAAUCCUUCAUUUCAUGCAAACCAAAAGAAAUGUGGAAAACUAACCUGAUAACACUGUUCCACGCUGCAGUACAUCAUCGAUAUUUUGUACCUAAAUGUUAAAUAAAAAUAUUACAACCCAUUAGUUUUGA